AUGUCGACACGCGCUUGCCACGGUACGUACGAAGAGGAGCGUCGCUACUUCAUGACCACCUUACACGCUCAGAUUGACAUUCUCCAGGACAAUUACAGGGGUGGCCGACAGAUGGUGAUCAAUUCUCUAAGUCUUCUUCUUUUGCGCGUUGAGGGCCUGAGGAUGUCUGGACAGGCUCAUUUUACCCAUGACAACCCUAGUUGGACCGAUAAGUGUAACAAGCUCCAGGAACGGAUGCAAUGUUUCAGAGAUACUCUAGUCAAGGAUCGGAGCAGCACCUACAGAGUCGCUGCCGAUAUCCAGAAUAUGAUGCUCUUUUUGAACUUUUGUGUCGCCGCGGAUAUUCAGUACAGGAUUUUACCCGAUCGCGGUGACCGAAGUGGUGCCCCAUCGCCUGAGCCUCGGUGUUAA